AUGACUGAUAAACCAGACUUGUCAGAAGUGGAAAUAUUUGACAGAACAAAGUUGAAGAAAAUUAAGACGGAAGAAAAAAAUACUCUUCAGUCAAAAGAAAGUAAAUUAUGGAGGUUUCUAGUUGACAGGAACAGUAGUGAAAGUUGAUAUAGUCAGUCAACAAACCUAUAUUCUAUUAAUUUUUUCAUAAUGUAAAUAAUAAUUACUGUUCUAUUUUACUUAACACUUUAAAAUGCCUGAUGAAGGAUUUUGUUUUUAGGUAUAUGUAAGAGGUUCCUGCAUAACAGACACCAGUAUUGUAAGGAAAUAAAAACUGUUUUAUUGUUGAAAAUUACAAAAAUCACAUUAAAAAAAUCUUGGAAUAUUUGACUUAUCAUUAGAGAAAAACCUUAUGCACACUUUUAAUCACGUGGUGUUUGAGUCUGUGAUCUUGUCUCCCUAAUGAACAAUGCAGAUGCUGCACUUCUGAUCUUUUCUCCCUAAUGCAAAUAAAAUGGAAUAAGUUCAGAUCUUUAAUACGCUUUAUGCUCCUAGACUCAGGGGAUCAGUGGUACUCCUCAGAGUUGCAUCUUGCUGCAGAAUCUCCAAAAAUAAUUCACCAAUGCUGUGCUAUGCUUUUUGUUGCAACAAAAUUAUUUGAGAGUCCCAAAACUAGACAAAAUUGUUUGAAAGUAUCAUUUCCUUAUUGAAUUGUGAUAGAUACACUUGAAGGAAAUAUUUCAUUUACCAUUUAGUCUAAAUAUGACAGCAGCAUAAAUCUACCUCAUGGAAUGUAAAACCCAAAGCUGAUUCAAAUUCUAAUGGAUAUUAAAAUGGUUGAUGUGUACUCACAUAUCACUUUGUGAAGAUUUGUGGGUGGUACCUGACUUAGUAUUCUGAAUUUAAAGUGUGUAUGAUAACCUUUUAAAGACCUAGCACAGAGUUCUUUUUAAUGGUGCUGGGUUUCAAACCCCAGCCCUUAGUUCAUGCUGGGCAAGUACUCUACUAUUGAGCUCCACCACGCUGUCUGGUAGCAAAGAACUUCAGAAGAAACUAGAUAUAUUAGAAAAAUUCUUUCUUAAUGAUAUUUUUAUGUUUCUUUUUAUUACUAUUUAUCCAGCAAGAGAUAGCAUACAAUAAAAGAUCAUAAAAUGAGGAUCUCCUUUCAAUAGAAGUUUUAACAUUGCCUGGCAGUCUUGACUUCAGACUUGUUUCUGUAAAUCGAUGUGAUUGUAGAGAUUUUAGGCAGUUACUGAUGGAUUCUUACUAUUACUACUACCUUGGCUGAAUGGUCAGUAUUUGCCAAUGAUCAUUAAAUUUGU